CCGAAGGAUGCGGCCCCCAGCGCUGGGCGACCGGAGUCUAGCCUUGGAGCCUUACAGCCUUAGGGCUGGCUCCAACCCUUUUCUUCUGCUAUAGAAAAACAUCCCCUGCAGCUCCUGCUCAGUCCCCCUUAUCGUGCUACCAUCAGCUGAGUUUAUCCCCUCGAGAAUGUCGGAGACACACGACUCAUCUUCUACCGCCUCCAGCCUGGAGAAAGGCCCGCAUCCCUCGCACACUGGCGACCCUGGCGACUCGGAAACCAGUCACUCGGCGGAAGAUGCCAGCCCGGCUGCCGCGUCGCCCCCUAAGAAGCAGGGAGCCAGGGCCUGGUUGGCACUGACUGGUGGUGUUCUGGGCAUGUUCGCCUCCUUUGGCUGGGUCAACUGUGUUGCGGUCUUUCAGGCUGAGUAUGAGCUGAACCAGCUGCGUGACUAUUCCAGUUCGCAGGUGUCCUGGAUCUCCUCGGUGCUCUUUUUCUUCAUGCUCGGGUUCUCCCCCGUGGCCGGCCGACUGUACGACGGCCAUGGCCCGCGUCUCCCCAUCGUCAUCGGCACCUUCCUGCACGUCUUCGGCCUCAUGAUGGCCAGCCUGUCCACCAAAUACUACCAGUUCAUCCUCAGCCAGUCCGUGUGCUCCGGACUCGGCACCUCGUUGAUUAUCACCCCAUCCAUGACCGCCCCAAUGACCUACUUCCACGACCGCCGCGCCCUGGCCGGAGGAUUCGCCAUCGCCGGCUCCUCGCUGGGCGGCGUCAUCUUCCCCUUCAUGGUCAACCACCUGCUCUCGUCGAUCGGGUUCGCCUGGACGAUGCGCGCCUGCGCAUUCCUGAUCCUCGGCCUGCUGCUCGUCACCUGCACGCUAAUCUCGUCCAACGCCACCCACAGCCCGAAGGAGUUCAAGCUCAGCCACUACCUGCGGCCGUUAAAGGAGGUGAACUUCUUGCUGAUGUGCAUCGCCAGCUUCUUCAUGUACUGUACGUUCUCUCCCCGAUACCAUCCAAAGAUCAGACAACAGAUAGAACUGACCCCCCAAAAAGGGGGCAUGUUCGUCCCCUACGUGUUCAUGGUAAUCUCCUCCAUCCACUACGGCAUGUCCGUGACGAUGGGCUACAAUCUGAUCCCCAUCCAAAACGGCGUAAGUUUCUUCGGCCGCACCGUCCCCCAGAUCUGGGCGCGCAAGUAUGGCCAAUUCAACGUCUUCAUCCUGGCGAUGGUCGCCUCGAUCGUGGUGGUGCUCGCCUCGUGGCUCCCCUCGCGCGGCAACGCCGCCAUCAUUGUUUUCACCAUCCUGUUCGGGUUUGUGUCGGGCACCACCAUCGGCCUGGGCCCCAUGCUCGUCAUGGCGCUGUCCCCGCCCACGGAGAUCGGAUACCGGGUGGGCACGGUGUUUGCGGUGGCCGGGUUGGGGGCGCUGACGAGUCCCCCGAUCGCGGGCGUGUUGAUCACCCGGAAUGGCGGGGAUUAUGUGUACGCGGCGGUGUUUAGUGGGGUGGCGUACGCGGUGUCGACAGUGGUGAUGGUUAUUCUGAGGGUGAGGAUUGGGGGGUGGGGGUUCUUGUCGAAGGUUUAGUUGAGGGGUUAUUUUGGUGAUUUUUUGGGGGGGUUUGGUUUGGGGCUUGGGAGAUGGGGGAGGAGGGAGAGGUAGAGUUGAGGUUUUGAGGUUUAUAUCUUCUUACAUUCGGAC